AUAAAACCUCUUCCUCUGGCAUCUCUGAGGGCUUCUAGGUCAGCUCUGAGGAUGGCUUUUCGAGGAAACACCCACAUUGUUCUUUUUCUGUUUCCGGGACACAGUUCCCUCUCUGGCAGAUAGAAUUUGUGGCCAGUUUUUUCAUCUCUCACUGCUCCCGUGUUUUUUUGAAGAGACUAGAAACCAAUGAGAGAGGCUGCGUAGGAGAGGAGGGAGGGUUGCUCCAAGACUGGCUGCAGAACUUGCAAGAUAUUCCAGGACCUCACAGAACACAAUGGAAAGGCUUCAGAAGGGUGGAAAAGACGCUGCCACCACAGGUGGAGGAGAAGAGAGCUUAACUCCAGGAUCAUCUCUGUUGAGGAUCGUCCUGGUGGGCAAAACAGGCAGCGGAAAGAGUGCCACAGGGAAUAGCAUCCUCUGCCAGCCAGUGUUUGAGUCCAGGCUGGGGGCCCAGUCCGUGACCAGGACGUGCCGGAAGGAGAUAGGCACAUGGAAUGGGAGGAACAUCCUAGUGGUUGACACGCCCUCCAUCUUUGAGGCAAACGCCCAGACCCAAGAGACGUACAAGGACAUUGGCGACUGCUACCUGCUCUUGGCCCCAGGGCCCCAUGUGCUGCUGCUGGUCACCCAGCUGGGGCGCUUCACUGCCCAGGACACAGUGGCAGUGAGGAGGGUGAAGGAGAUCUUUGGGGCAGGAGCCAUGAGACACAUGGUCAUCCUCUUCACCCACAAGGAGGACUUAGAUGGUGAGUCCUUGGAUGAUUACAUAGCAAACACGGACAACCACAGCCUAAGGAUCCUGGUCCAGGAGUGCGGGGACAGGUACUGUGCCUUCAACAACCGGGCCACCGGGGAGGAGCAGGAGGAGCAGCUGGCCCAGCUGAUGGCCAUGGUCGAGAGGCUGGAGAUGGAGCAUGAGGGCGCCUUCCACAGCAAUGACCUCUUCUCUGAUGCACAGAUGCUCCAGCAAGGGGGGGCCAGGGCGUGUGGAGGAGACCACGGGCGCUACCUGGCCAAGGUGCAGCUGCAGGUUGAAAAGCAAAGGCGAGACCUGAAAGAGAGCGAGAGCAACUGGGCAUUCAAGGUGUUCCUUAGAGCCAAAAACUGGAUGAUUUCGCAUCAUGAGUUUUGUGUUUUUCUUGUUUGGUGCAGCUUACUUUUUCUUCUUAUUUUUCUGGUCAUCUUGUACCAUCAUUAAUUCUGUAUGUCAUCU